UGAGGGAGGGCGGAAGUACCAGCGAGAGGGCGGAAGUACCAUCUGCCUUUAUGCACAGAAACCCUCCGCUGUUGGUAUCUGCUCUAUGAUCGCUCACAUCGGGUACCAACUCUGAAACCUCUCGGUUCUUUAACACAUGAAGGGUUCUUCGAUCUGAUGGAAAAACAUCCCGCAGGGCCCGACGGGCCGAAGAAGGCCGGAGACCCCAGGAGACCGUCCGUUCGGGCCCCAGGGGAGGCUCUGGACAGCCCCGCAGGCUCCCAUGUGGAGUGGUGCAAGCAGCUCAUCGCCGCCACCAUCUCCACGCAGAUCUCUGAUCCCGCCCUCAGCAAGGACUCUGACGGCGCCGCUCAGGACGACCCAGAGAAGUUUCAGGUCCAGGUUCAGUUGAAGGACGUUGCCUUGGUAACCGGAGAGUCGGUCCAGCUCCGUGCUCAAGAUGUCAUGUAUAUCUGUCCAUUCAGCGGUUUGGUGACCGGGAUGUUGACCUUGACAGACUACAAGCUGUACUUCAACAGCUUGGAAAGGGAGCCCCCGUUCUUCCUGGAUGUGAACCUGGGGGCCAUCAGCAGACUGGAGACCAUCAACGUGCAGAGCCACGGAGAGGACUCAAGGGGCCUGGAGCUGGUCUGUAAGGACAUGAGGAGUCUCAGGUUUGCCUACAAGAAGGAGGCGGACCAACCUGAGCUGGUGGACCUGCUGGCCCGGUACGCCUUUCCCCUCUGCAAGGGUCUGGCUCUGUUUGCGUUCCAGUACCAGGAGGACUUUCCUGUCAACGGAUGGACGGUCUACGACCCUGUGAUGGAAUACAAGAGACAGGGCCUGCCUAACGAGAGCUGGGCACUCAGCCGGGUGAACAGCAGCUACCAGCUGUGUGACACCUACCCCUCCCUCCUGGUCGUCCCCACCUGCAUCCCCGAGGACGACCUGCGCCGGGUCGCCGCCUUCAGGGCCAAGCACCGCAUCCCGGUGCUGUCGUGGAUCCACCCUGAGUCCCAGGCCACCAUCGUGCGCUGUGGCCAGCCGCUGGUCGGCCCGCAUGACCGGCGCUGCAAAGAAGACGAGCGCCUCCUGCAGACGGUCAUGGACGCCAACGCCCAGUCCCACAAGCUCCUCAUCUUCGACGCGCGGCAGAGCAGCGUGGCCGACACCAACAAGGCCAAAGAUGGCGGCUACGAGAGCGAGAGCUUCUACCCGAACGUUGAGCUGAGCUUCCUGGAGAUCCCCAACAUCCACGUGAUGAGGGAGUCUCUGAGGAAACUGAAAGAGGUGGUGUACCCCACCAUCGACGAGGCGUCCUGGCACUCCUCCGUCCACCAGACGCACUGGCUGGAGUACAUCCGGCUGCUGCUCACGGGAGCAGUGCGGAUCGCAGACAGGCUGGAGUCGGGGAAGACGUCUGUGGUGGUGCACUGCAGCGACGGCUGGGACCGCACGCCCCAGCUCACAGCGCUGGCCAUGCUCAUGUUGGACAGCUACUACCGCACGCUGCAGGGGUUCCAGGUUCUGGUGGAGAAGGAGUGGAUCAGCUUCGGACACCAGUUCACCGCGCGGGUUGGUCACGGAGACGAGGACCACGCCAGCUCGGAGCGCUCUCCACUCUUCGUCCAGUUCAUCGACUGCGUCUGGCAGAUGACCCGACAGUUCCCUGCAGCCUUUGAGUUCAACGAGCUGUUCCUGGUGAGCGUGCUGGACCACCUGUACAGCUGUCUGUUUGGGACCUUCCUCUGCAGCAGUGAGCGUGAGAAGGGGGCCCAGGAGCUGCAGAGUAAAACCAAGUCUCUCUGGUCGUACAUCAACAGCCAACCAGAAGAGUUCACCAACCCGUUCUUCGUGGACCAGGAGCACCAUGUCCUCUACCCCCUGGCCUCCUCCAGACACCUGGAGCUCUGGACCGGCUACUACGCCCGCUGGAACCCCCGCAUGAGGCCCCAGAUGCCCGUGCAGCAGAGCCUGAAGGAGCUGCUGGGGCUGAAGCUGGAGCUGCAGAGGAAGGUGGAGGCUCUGCAGAAGGAGGCGUCUCUGUGUGACCGGGCGUCCCCCCCGCCCCACCAGGGCGCCGCCCCUCUGCGGACCGCCCCCACCUGCACUUAGUCCCGUCUGACGCCUGCACUGGGGGGACAUGGGCUUCAUGUCGGGACGUUUCUAGUUUGAUAUUAUUAUUAUGGGAAAGCGUUUCCCCCUGACUCCAGUUUGUACCGGUUUGCACCAGUUGUUGGUGUGUAUUCCUGUAGGUCAUGUGUUUGAUCCACUCCCACUGUAAUAAAGGUUUCCAACGUGUAACCUACAUGGCAGCUAGGAUCCAUGUUCCGUUCAUACAUUCAUCUGUUCCCUGAAUAAGGGUUGGUCAGGCUCCUCCUGACCCCUGACCCCGCCUCCUUCAGCGUCCGCAGCUCAGUUCACUGAUCCCCCUUGGGGGCCGUCCUCUUGAUUCACCUUAUUGUUAUCUCACGUCUUAAUGUCUGGCUGAUGUCCACCUCCAACAGUAUUAGUGUUGUUUACUCUGUGGAUUCUGAAAUGUUGCCAUUUAUUAAAUAAAUGAUUCACUGAUUCACCAACA